AUGUCAAGCAAGGUUUGCAGUGAGGGCGGUGAGAAUGCUCCUGAGCUGGGUGCUGACUGGGGCGGAGGCCUCCAGGGAGAUGAGGGAAGAGGCGUCACCGUCAUCGCCGUGUCUGCCCUCCGAUGUUCCCUUGGCACCAGCACCUUCCGGGGUCCUCCAGGCCCCCAGGAGGCCUCUGCACAGCCGGGGGACAGCCCGGGCACAGAGCAGUUCGCCUGGCAUGUGGUGGAUUCGGAGUUCAUCAAUAAGGGGAUGGCGGCGCACAUCAGCCACAACAGACUCAAGGCCAAGGGCGUGGGCCAACACAACAACGCCCACAACUACAGAAACCAGAGCUUUGAGGACCUGCGGGAGCUCUGUCUGAGGAAGGGGGAACUGUUCAAGGACCCCGCCUUUCCUGCCGAACCCACUUCUCUGGGCUUCAAGGACCUGGGCCCCAACUCCAGAAAAGUGCAGAACAUCAGCUGGCGGCGGCCCAGUGAAAUCACAAGCAACCCUCACUUCAUUAUGAACGGGGUCAGCCCCACGGACAUCUGCCAGGGGGUGCUGGGGGACUGCUGGCUGCUGGCUGCCAUCGGCUCCCUCACCACGUGCCCCAAGCUGCUGUACCGCGUGGUGCCCAAGGGGCAGAGCUUCAAGAAAAACUAUGCUGGCAUCUUCCAUUUUCAGAUUUGGCAGUUUGGGCAGUGGGUCAACGUGGUGGUGGAUGACCGGCUACCCACAAAGAACGGCAAGCUGUUGUUUGUGCACUCGGGCGAGCGCGCUGAGUUCUGGAGUGCCCUCUUGGAGAAGGCCUACGCCAAGCUGAGCGGGUCCUACGAGGCCCUGGCGGGGGGCAACACGAUGGAGGGCUUUGAGGACUUCACGGGGGGCGUGACCCACAGCUUCGAGCUGCAGCAGCCCCCGAAGAACCUGCUGAGGAUGCUGAGGAAGGCCACAGACCGCUCUUCCCUCAUGGGCUGCUCCAUCGAAAUCACCAGCGAGAGCCAGCUGGAAUCCGUAACCCAGAGGAUGCUGGUGAGAGGACAUGCCUACUCAGUGACCGGCCUCCGGGAUGUCUCCUAUCGCGGCAAUAGGGAAACCCUCAUUCGGAUCCGGAAUCCCUGGGGCCGAAUGGAGUGGAAUGGAGCCUGGAGUGACAAUGCCAAGGAGUGGGAAGAGGUGUCCCCAGACACUCGGAAGCAGCUGCUGCACAAGAUGGAGGAUGGGGAGUUCUGGAUGUCCUACCAAGACUUCAUGAGCAAUUUCACUUCCCUGGAGAUCUGCAGCCUGAUGCCCGACGCGCUCUUGGGGGACUACAAGAGCUGUUGGCACACCACCUUCUACGAGGGCAGCUGGCGGCGGGGCAGCACGGCGGGGGGCUGCAGGAACCACAUCGACACAUUCUGGACCAACCCCCAGUUUAGGAUCUCUCUCCUCAAGGAGGACGACGACCUAGAGGAGGAUGAAGUCAUCUGCACCUGCCUGGUCGCCCUGAUGCAGAAGAACUGGCGGCAGGCGCGGCCCCAGGGCGCCCAGCUGCUCACCAUCGGCUUCGUCCUCUACAAGGUGCCAAAGGAGUUGCAGGACACCCAGGAUAUUCACCUGAAGAAGGAGUUCUUCCUGAAGUACCCGGACCAUGGCUUCUCGGAGAUCUUCACCACCUCGCGGGAGGUGAGCAGCCACCUCCAGCUGCCGCCCGGGGAAUACAUCAUCAUCCCCUCCACCUUCGAGCAGCACAAGGACGCCGACUUCCUGCUCCGGGUCUUCACGGAGAAGCACAGCGAGUCCUGGGAACUAGAUGAAGCCAACUGUGCCGAGAUACUCCAGGAGGAGGUCAUCUCGGAGAGUGACAUAGACCCGGACUUCAAGCAUCUGUUUGAGAGAGUGGCAGGAGAGGACCUGGAGAUCGGCACGUACGCGCUCCACAGGCUGCUCAACAAGGUGGUCUCCAAACUCAGAAACUUCAAGUGCAAGGGCUUCGGCGUGGACGUGUGCCGCUGCAUGAUCAACAUCAUGGACAAAGAUGGCUCUGGCAAGCUAGGGCUUCCGGAGUUCCAGAUCCUGUGGAGAAAAAUCAAGAAAUGGACGGACAUCUUCCAAGAAUGUGACGAGGACAACUCGGGUACCUUGAACUCCUACGAGAUGCGCUUGGCAAUUGAGAAAGCAGGCAUCAAGGUGAACAACAAGGUGACGCAGGUUCUGGUGGCCAGGUAUGCGAAUGACGACAUGCUCAUGGAUUUCGACAGCUUCAUCAGUUGUUUCCUGAGGCUGAAGGCCAUGUUCACAUACUUUCUAACUAUGGACCCCAAGAAAACUGGGCAUAUCCAUCUGGACCUGGACCAGUGGCUGCAGAUAACCAUGUGGGGAUAGAGGGGCUGCAGGAGCCUGGCUACCUACCACCACCACCACCACCAACAACAACAACAACCGCCCAGAGGGGCGGGCACUCUUCGCACUCUCAACUCUGCGAUCUGCUGAUGGGAUGGGCAGCUAGGUCCCCG